CACAAAAGAAGUAUGAAAGAGUACAACAUUAAACAUGUCUUCGAAUGGAAUCAGGGAUAGAGCUUUAAAUUUAGUAAAAAUACUACCACGAUUAACUUUGGGUAAUCUGAAGCGUCUGUCAGAAGAUGUAAAAAAGCCUAAAAAUAGACGAAGAGACAGAAAGAGUGGAAAAACUCAUGGCAAAGGGCAUAAAGGUCAAGGCCAGAGAAUGACAUUGCCUAGACUUGGUUUUGAGGGCGGAAAUACACCUUUUUAUCUUCAGAUACCUAAAGAACCCUACUACAGAAAUCAUGAAUUGAGAAAAGAAUAUGUGCCAUUAUCAUUAUUACAACUACAACGUAUGAUAGAUCUUCAUAGAGUAGAUAUAAAUCAUCCUAUAGAUUUAUCAUCAUUAUGUAAUACUAAGUUAUUACUAGUAGAUUGGGAAAGGAAACAGUUUGGAGUCCAUUUAACUGAUGAGGGUGCAGAACAUUUUGAUGCCAAGAUCAAUUUAGAGGUACAGAAAGCUGACGAAGUAAGUAUUGCUGCAAUAGAAAAAUGUGGAGGAAUUAUCAGUACUAGAUAUUAUGAUCCUACCAGUCUACAUGCUGUUUGUAAUCCAGCUAAAUUCUUUGCUCGAGGUACCCCAAUACCAGUGUGUAAAGUACCUCCGAAAGAUGACCUAGACUACUACUGUAAGGCUGAGAAUAGAGGAUAUCUAGCUAAGCCAGAACAAGUUUUGGAACAUCGUCUUAUAUUAGCUCAGAGAUAUGGCUAUAUGUUGAAAGAUUUUGAAUCAGAAGAAGAGAAAGAGAUGCUGUUGAUGAGAAAGGAUCCAGAGCAGAUUUUCUAUGGACUGAGGGCAGGCUGGGUAGUGAAUCUUAAAGAUAGAUGUAUAUUAAAACCUAAAGAGACUAUUCAUGAACAAUAUUAUAAACUUCUUGAAGAAUCUGCCUGAUUGCAAUAAAUCUUUUAACUUGUAGUUUAUAUAAAAAUAAAUUGAAAUUAUUACUA